GCCGUUUUGGCUUCUCUCUCUCGAGUAGAUGAGAGUCGAUGGGAUAAGCAGCCGGAGGAACUUUUCACCUAAACAUCAUCCAUGUCGACCGUCAUGUUCCGUCGCGAAACCUCCGCAACGUCCCUCUUCGAUGCUCUUGUCCCAGCGGUACCUCAAGAUGUCCUCAAACAGAGGAUUUCCUUCGUUUAUCAGACUCCCACGGCCUACUCCUUCUCAUGCUUCUUCCACAGCUGCGGCUGCUUAUGGCUUCGGCGCUAGUUACCCAUCAUCCGUUUCCUCCGGUUCCUGUCCGAUCUAUGCUGAUGAUCCCCUCGGUGGUGAUUCUCGACCACCGCCUUUACACUUUUCUCUUGCUUCUGACUCUCAGUUGAAAUACGAUGUGUUCCUCAGUUUCCGAGGACCAGAUUCCCGUGAGAAUUUCGUGAGCCACCUCUACGACGAUCUAUGUCGAGAAGGAAUAGAAACUUUCGUAGACAGUGAAAAGCUUGAUGCAGGGGAUGAGAUUGAGCCGGCGUUGUUGGAUGCCAUCGAACGGUCGAGGAUCUCGGUAGUCGUGUUUACCAAGGAAUACGCCUCUUCCAAGUGGUGUUUGAGAGAGCUUGCAAAGAUCAUGGAGUCUAGGAGGACCCGAGGCCAAAUAGUUUUGCCUGUCUUUCUCGGUGUAGAACCCAUGGAGGUCAGAUGGCAGAGGGGAAGCUACAGUGUGGCCUUUUCUAGGCAUGAUAAGGCUCCCGAGGGAUCAAAACUAGCUGAGGAAGUAAUUGAAUGGAGAAAAGCCAUGAGCGAGGCUGCCAAUAUCUCAGGAUUUGAUUCCAGUACAGUUAGGCCUGCAUCUAAACUUGUGGAUGAAAUUGUUGCAAAUGUUUUGAAGAACCUAGAAAACAUUAGCUUGAGUGAAGACGAGGGCUUGGUGGGAGCUUAUUCUCAAGUAAAGGAAGUGGAAGCGUGGUUGGGACAUGGAUUACAUGAAGUGCGGACUAUAGGGAUAUGUGGAAUUGGUGGUAGUGGGAAGACUGCCAUUGCUGGAGCUGUUUUCAAUCGCCAAUACCAAAUGUUCGAUAGCUACUGCUUCCUUGCAAACGUUAGAGAACAAUCUAAAAAGCAUGGACUUCAUGCCUUGAGAAACGAGCUUCUUUGUCAAAUUCUUGGUGAGACUGAUAUAAACAUUGCUACUCCUGAAAUUGGAUCCAGCAGUAUAAAGAACCGUCUACGUCGAAAAAGAGUACUUAUAGUUCUCGACGAUGUAAGCAGCAUAACUCAACUGGAGUUUUUGAUCAGCAAAACUACUUACUAUUCCCCUGGAAGUAGGAUCAUUGUUACAACACGAGACAUGAAUGUAAUCAAGAACGCUGACAAGAUAUAUUCUCUGAAGGGACUAUCUAAAAGUGAUUCGCUUGAACUGUUUUCACAAUGCGCCUUCAAACAGAGCUACCCUCCUGAAGAAUAUUUGGAAUUGGCAAUGAGGGCUUCUGUUUAUGCAAAAGGGAUCCCUUUGGCUUUGAAAGUUCUUGGUUCCUUUCUCUGCAAGAAAUCUGUGGUAGAGUGGGAAAGUGCAUUAAGAAGACUCAAUAGUUCUCUCGAUGAAGAGAUCUUCAAUGUACUCCGAGUAAGUUUUGAUGGACUCAGUGAUGAAGAGAAGACGACGUUUCUUCAUCUUUUGUGUUUCUUCAAUGGGCAUGAACGAAGAUUCAUAACUGAUCUUAUUAAUGGUUGUGGUAUCUCUGCAGAUAUUUGCAUACGUGGACUUGUUGAUAAGUGCAUGAUUACUUUUACUAACGACAGGCUUCAGAUUCAUGACUUGUUAAAGAACAUGGGUAGACAAAUGAUAAAGCUAGAAUCACCUCAGGAUCCGAGCAGACGCAGCAGGCUCUGCAGCUUUGAUGAAGUCCAAGAAGUGCUUACAGAAAAUACGGGAACUAUAGUAACAGAAGGCAUAUCCCUUGACAUUUCUGAGAAAGAAGAGUUGCAGCUCGACUGUCAUGCUUUUGAAGGGAUGCGUAAUAUGAAAAUUCUAAAAUUUUCGAACGAACACUGUAAUGAAGAUAGCUGCAAAAUCCACCUUCCAAAAGGUCUUCACUAUCUCCCUACUAAACUACGUCUACUUCAUUGGGAAUGCUACCCUAUAGCAAGUUUGCCACUUAGCUUUAUUGCUGAUAACCUUGUCAAAAUUCAUAUGCCCACUAGCAGACUUGAGCGUCUGUGGGAAGGAUCAAAGUCCUUACUUAAUUUGAAAGAGAUUGAUCUUAGCAACUCUCAGUUCCUGAAGGAGUUGCCAGACUUGUCAAAUGCUCCCAAAGUUGAACGUAUUGAAGCCAGAGGAUGUGCAGAGUUAGUAACCAUCCCAAGUCCAAGAAACAAGUUGGAAUCUCUUGAGUUCUUGGAUCUCUCCGGAUGCUCAAAGCUUAAGGAUUUCCCAGAGAUUUCUUGGAAUAUUAGAAGGUUGUGUUUGGCUGAUACUGGUAUUCUAGAGGUUCCUCCAUCAAUUGAGAAUUUCCAUCAGCUUAGUGUCCUAGAUAUGAAAAGGUGCAAAAUGCUAAAGAAAGUUGCACUAAUCAGUAAAAAGUUGGAGAAGCUAGAAUGUUUGGAUCUAUCUGGUUGUUCAAGUGUUACAAGCUUUCCCGAAAUCUCUUACAGUGUGAAAGAGCUUCUUCUAAGUGAGACUUCCAUAGAAGAGAUCCCUUCGGCUAUCAAGUACUUCACAAAGUUACAGUUACUGGAGUUAAAGAACUGUCUGAGGUUGACAAGUCUUCCAAGCAGUAUUUGUGAGUUACAGUCUAUAGUGGAACUCAAUCUUUCUGGAUGUUCAAACUUGACUAGCUUUCCUGAAAUCACAGAGAACAUGUACAACUUAAAGUAUCUUUCUUUAAAGGGAACGACCAUUAGGGAGCUACCUUCAUCACUCGAGAACUUGACUAGCCUUUGUUCUCUAGAUCUUGAGAACUGCAACAGCCUCAUCAGCCUUCCAGAUAGCUUACUCAAAUUAAAGUCCUUGGAGGAACUUAAUAUCUCUGGCUGCUCAAAUUUGGUCAACUUUCCAGGACGCAUUGGAAAUCUCGGAUCUUUAGUUACUGUCAGAGCAAGUAGAUGCAGAAGUGAAGUUGUUGAUUUUCUAGAAGGUGGUUCAAGCUCACUUAAAAUCUUGGAUUUAAGUGACUGUGGGAUCACAGAGUUUCCUGAGUCUUUAACACUCUUAUCUACAGUGACAGAGCUAGAUCUGAGUCAAAACUGUUUUAGCACAGUACCUCCAAGCAUCAAGGAUCUUCAAGAUCUCCAAAGUCUCGAUUUAAGCCAUUGCCAGGAGCUUGAAUCCUUGUUAGGAGUCCCAACUGGUCUCACAAGGCUUAACGUAAUCAACUCAAGAUUGCUGGAAACGGUUGCACUCAGAAACUCUUCUGAGCUUCAGCUUUAUCCUUUGAACAAUGUGGAAGCCUUUGUGUUUGCUGCUUGUCCAUCACUAAGCCAAUAUGCGACAGACAACAUCAAGGCUUAUGCAAAACGCAGAAUCCAUGUCAUGGCAUCCCAUCUAGGUCUUACCUUAAACUUUAAAGGUGAUGACUUGUCUCUCAAUAGAUGGAUGAAACCACAACAAGUGCAAUAUUUGCUCUCUACCAUGUACGGAUAUGGGAACCUCCAUGAAGCAUUGAUCGGUAUACAUACAACCUUUUUCAAUGAUGAACUGAUAUUAGAGGAGCCACCACCUAGGCUAAUUGGUCGCAUACUCCAUGAUUUCCAUGAAAGGUAUAGGCUAGAUGUUCAAGGUCUGCUACAUUUCUUCUCCUUGAUCGCACAUCUAUAUCUGUAUUACCAAGGAAAGCCUUCAACUAAUUUCUGCUUACCAGGGGAUAAUAUUCCUGAAUGGUUUUGCCACCAAAGCAACGGGUCAUGUGUUGAGGUAAUGCUUGAGCAUCUCAAACAUUCAAAUGAGAGUGUUACAUUGGCAGGUUUUGCUAUAUCAGUUCUUGUUGCGUUUCAAGACUAUAAUGAUGAUAAGGGUAUCAGCAUCAAAUAUGAGUGUCAGUUCCAUUUCAACUAUAUUAGGACUUAUGAAGGAUCAGGAUAUUUGAGGGGAUGGGAUGGGAAAAAGGGAAAGCCUUUGUGUAUUGAAGGGGAUCAUUUGUUCUUGGGCUUCGAUUCGUCUAUUCUCUUUGAUGCAGCCAAUGGUAUCGAACAGUUUGUUAAAUAUUCUGAAGAUCUUGUUAAAGCCAGUUUUCAAUGUUAUGUUAUUGAUGAGGAUGGAAAUCCUAUCAAUUCUUGCACGGUAAAAAAGUGUGCAAUCCAACCACUAUAUACAUGUGACCUGUUCUGGAUCUGCCCUUUUCUUAAUUGGCAGACCAAGUCUCUAAAGGCAAACUUAAGCACACAUGACAUAACCAAAGGACUGACCACAAGUUUUACAGGGUUUCUUGAGAAGGUGUUGAGAGAUUUAGACUUAUAUGGUGCAAUCUCAUUAGGCAUCAUGAAUGUUCUUGGUAACUUAUCUGUGGAUGUUUUCCAUCAGGGAGGAUAUGUUUAUAUCAUCAUAAAAUGUGAAAAUGGAGGCCUACCUUUAGGCCUUCAAGUUUUGAAUUUGCAUCUUGGGACAGCACCACUUGCAGUCAAGCUGAUUCAAAUGGCCAAACAAUCUCAAGAUUCAAGGGCAUUCUCAAUUGAGUUUUCGAAUGUGGACGGUGGAGAUUUUGGUUGCAGGAUCAAAGUUAAGAAAUGCGAGUUCCGUCCAUUGCAGAGCCAUGUCAUGCUAAUUGACAGAUAUGCAAUUACUUAAGUUUAAAAGGAACCAAAUUGCUUGAUGGAGAUGUGACAUGUCUGUGAUGGCAUACUCAAUCAGUAUCUGCUACAACACCAUCAAGGUCAAAGGUUCGGCAAGUUUCAUCUUAAUCAAAGUGUUCAUUUAUGUUAUUUGGAUGAUGCAUCCAUAAAAAAAACAUUCAAAUGCAGGAUCUAGACUCAACGCUGAGAUGAUAAUUUUUGUUUCUAAACUCAGUUUUUCCUUCUAGAUGUUGUAUUUGGAUACAAUUUUGAACGUUUAUGAGGUUGUAAAAAUAUUUUCUUAUGCAAUUUAUUCCAAAAUGACUAAAACUGGCA